UGAUAAAUACAGUAUUUACUAAUGAAGCCUAAUUUAUCAACCAGAGCUGUGGUUAAGAAUAAAAUAUAUUUUAUUUAUAAAUAUCAUUUUGAUAACCAAUUGCAGAUGAGCGAGCUCAGACGCCAACCAAGAGGGAGGCGGACUCAGAAGAAGCCAGCGGCAGCAGGGUCAGCAGAACAGGCUGCGGAACCGACCGAAACGUCUGUUCAGGACCAACUGGUGGCGGCGGUGACCGACAAAGUCCUGGAAGCACUCAAGAACAAUCAGAAAACCCAACAAGAGAUGGAAAAUGGUUCUAGAGGCAGGAAAAGGCACAGAGAGCAAAAGAAAAAGAGGAGAAGAAUGGCGUCACCUGACAGAUCUAAUUCCUCUUCAGGUACUAACUCUGAUUCAGAUGAAUCUAGUGAUGAAAGUUCCCCAGGUGCAAAUACAAGUAAUGAUGAUUCCUCAUCGGAGGAGUCUGAUAACGAUGAAAGUUAUUUACUAUCAACGCCCAUAUCCGCACAAAUUGAAUCAAAAAUUAAGAACAAAAUAUAGCAAAAUAAAUAUAUUGACUUUAGUAAACUUUUGCCAAGGGAUGAUGUCGCCUCAGACAGGUCUGUUAAAAUUAA